CACAACACAGCCAGAAAAAGACAGGUAGAGAGAGAAAACAAAACAGAUUUGCAUUAGGGCUUCAUAAAGAUGGUUUCCCUCAAAUUCUUAACGAAUAACAACACCUACAAUUUCACUUUUCAUUCAUAAUCUCAAAAUUAUAAACAUCACUUUUUCUCUGUAUAUAAAUAUAAAAAUCUCAUUACACCAAGAGCACAAAAAAAAUAUUCAAGAGUUUUAUUCUUCUUCUUCCAAAUUUGUUGUUAAAAUGGGAAGAGGAAGAGUGGAGUUGAAGAGAAUUGAAAACAAAAUCAACAGACAAGUUACCUUCGCUAAACGCAGGAACGGCCUUCUGAAAAAAGCUUAUGAACUUUCCGUUCUUUGCGAUGCUGAAGUCGCGCUUAUCAUCUUCUCCAAUAGAGGAAAACUGUACGAGUUUUGCAGCAGUUCAAGCAUGCUCAAAACGCUAGAGAGGUAUCAGAAAUGCAACUAUGGUGCGCCUGAAGCUAAUGUGUCUGCACGGGAAGCAUUGGAGUUAAGCAGCCAACAGGAAUAUUUGAAGCUGAAGGCACGUUAUGAAGCAUUACAACGGUCCCAAAGGAACCUUAUGGGAGAAGACCUUGGCCCUCUGAGCAGCAAAGAGCUCGAAUCGCUUGAAAGGCAGCUAGAUUCAUCCUUGAAGCAAAUAAGAUCAACCAGGACCCAGUUCAUGUUGGAUCAGCUCUCAGAUCUUCAACGCAAGGAACAUAUGCUAAGCGAGGCUAACAGGUCUCUCAGACAAAGGUUGGAAGGGUAUCAAUUGAACCAACUCCAAAUGAAUGCAUGUGUUGAAGAAAUGGGCUAUGGUCGGCAUCCAGGUCAAAAUCAGGGUGAUGGCCUCUUUCAACAAUUGGAGUGUGAGCCAACAUUACAAAUUGGUUAUCAGCAUGAUCCAGGAUCAGUUGUCACAGCAGGUCCAAGCAUGAGUAAUUACAUGGCAGGAUGGUUACCAUAGUGGGAAGCUCUGGUUGUGUUUUCACUUUUCAGUCACUCCACCAGCAGAUUUGUGGUUCAAGUUUUAUUUGAAAAUGGCCAGAAAAAUUAGUUUCCUAAUGUAUUACUACUUGUAAGUUUCUACUGUGUAGGAACAAUGUAAGCAGUUCUGUUCUAUGUGUGGGCUUUCAUAAAACUGCACUUGUUUCCUUUUAUCACUGUUUUCUUCCCUUUCUAAUUAGAUAAAUCUUAAUAAUAAUAAUAAUUGUUUGUAACCUCUUAAUGCCAUGGAUUAUUAUUGUUAUUAUUACUAUUCUGAGAUAUUAGAUAACAUUUUUUA